CACAGGAGGCCAGGAGCCUACUUCCCCGUGCCACAGGCAGGAGGCCAGGAGAGGCACGUGGGGGAGGGGAGGGAGAGGAAGUCCCCUCCUGGGCAGGUCACUCCCAGAGGCCGGGCUGGGGCGGGGCAGGAGAUGGAGAGCAGAUCUGAGCUCCUGGGCCACCUUCGCGCCGGCCAGUGCCCAGCUGCCCGGAGCCCAGAGAGCCCAGCCAGGCGAUAGAGACACCUGCCCUGGCCCCAUCAUGCCCACGGCGUCCACCACCUCUGCUGUGCCCUGGACCCUCUCUGCCCCUGUUCCACCUGGCAACGGCAGCGAGGGGCUGCUGGACACGCGGAACCUGCUGCUCGCCCAGGCGGAGCUUGCCCUGCUCUCCACAGUCUUCGUGGCUGUGGCCCUGAGCAACGGCUUGGUGCUGGGGGUCCUAGCACGCCGGGGCCGGCGGGGUCGCUGGGCACCCAUGCAUGUCUUCAUCGGCCACUUGUGCCUGGCCGACCUGGCCGUGGCUCUGUUCCAAGUACUGCCCCAGCUGGUAUGGGAUGCCACGGACCGCUUCCGUGGGCCAGAUGCCCUGUGCCGGGCCGUCAAGUACCUGCAGAUGGUGGGCAUGUAUGCCUCGUCCUACAUGAUCCUGGCCAUGACGCUGGACCGCCACCGUGCCAUCUGCCGCCCCAUGUUGGCCUACCGCCAUGGAGGUGGUACUCACUGGAACCGGCCGGUGCUGGUGGCCUGGGCCUUCUCGCUCAUUCUCAGCCUGCCCCAGCUUUUCAUCUUUGCCCAGCGUGACGUGGGUAACGGCAGCGGGGUCCAUGACUGCUGGGCCCACUUUGUGGAGCCCUGGGGCCUCCGAGCCUAUGUCACCUGGAUCGCUCUGAUGGUGUUCGUGGCCCCGGCCCUGGGCAUCGCUGCCUGCCAGGUGCUCAUCUUCCGUGAGAUCCAUGCGAGCCUGCUGCUGGGGCCAGCAGAGAGGGCCGGGGCUUGCCGGGGAGGGCACCGGGAAGGCAGUCCCAGCGAGGGGGCCCGGGUGUCAGCAGCCAUGGCCAAGACCGUGCGGAUGACGCUGGUGAUUGUGAUCGUGUACGUGCUGUGCUGGGCGCCUUUCUUCCUCGUGCAGCUGUGGGCAGCGUGGGACCCGCAGGCGCCCGUGGAAGAGGCCCCCUUCGUGCUGCUGAUGUUGUUGGCCAGCCUGAACAGCUGCACCAACCCCUGGAUCUACGCCUUCUUCAGCAGCAGCGUCUCCUCGGAGCUGCGGAGCCUGCUCUGCGGGUCCCGGAGUAGGGCCCCACCCAGCCCAGGGCCCCAGGAGGAGUCCUGCGCCACUGCCAGCUCCUUCCUGGCCAAGGACACUUCCUCCUGAGAAGUCAGGGGGCACCUUCCUUCUAGAGGCUCUGUGAAACCCCCCUGCCCACCUGGGGCUGGCCCUGGGAAUGCCGGGUG